AAUCGCAAGCGCGCAGGUUGUCUGGCCCGAUUCUCCGGUCGAAAGCGAGCGAGACAUCGAACGAGAUAGAAAGAGAGAGGGAGUGAGAGAAAGGCCGGCGAUGAGCGUCGCGGAACCCGUCGCGGCCAGUGAGAGAAGCGGACCCCGCGUCCCCGUAGCUCGUUUUUGCCAGGGAAAUUCGAGGGCAGUCGGUCCAUCAGGAAGAGCAUCGGCCUGGAUGUCGAUGUAAGCCGUCUGGCCACCAAUCCUACGAAGAGGAGUAGGAGGCGAAAGUGCGCCCGAUAAAGGGAAAAGGAGAACGAUUUAGCAGCUGCAAGAUGGAUACCGUUUUUGAGAAGAUGGCCAAGAUAAAUUUGAGGAGCUGUCCUGUCAAAGUCCACAGUCCACAACCCUUGAAGGAGUUUGUAGGUCGCUGUCAGACGAUGCCAUCACGCGUAAAAAAAUCUUUUUGCGGUUGCCUUCAGGAUGAUGAGCCACCGGAAAUCACGUAUUGCGUGGUGGAGCAAACGGGUACACUCACGCUUCAAGCGAUGACCCCGACGCUGCCGAUGCCUGCCGAGGAAGAGCUCAAUAAGAUGUUCCUGGAGCUCGUUGACGAGCUCGACCUAACACAGACUAACCGCCAGGCCGUCCUUGCUCUGCCUGCCAAUAAAAAGUGGCAGAUCUAUUGUUCACGCAAGGGCAACGGAACCCUUGAGAAUGGAGGUCUUAGGACGACUGAUCUUAGCGGCGAUCCCGAGGAUUACAUAAACCGCGUUAAGUCCAUAACCAGCGAUCCAAAUACCGAUGAAGCUGAAGAAGUUGCUAAUCAAAUGCGUCACGUUGAAGCUUUGAAAACUGCUCUGCGAACGCAACCACACAGUUUUGUCACAAGGUUUAUCGAAUUAGAUGGCUUAAAUUCACUUCUUCGAGUGUUGGAAACCAUGGAUGUCGAGACAGCAAAUAGUAAUCUUCACACAAGCCUUAUUGGCUGUUUAAAGGCACUAAUGAACAAUUCUAAUGGCAGAGCUCAUGUCCUGGCCCAUCCUACAGCUAUCAAUACGAUAUCUCAGUCGCUAGCAACUGAAAAUAUCAAGACAAAGAUCGCUGUACUGGAAAUUCUCGGCGCCGUGUGCCUUGUCCCUGGUGGGCAUCGUAAGGUCCUCGAAGCAAUGCUCUACUUCCAGCAAUACUAUUCGGAGCGAACGCGCUUUCAAUCAAUUAUCAAUGAUUUGGAUAAAAAUUUCGGCAUCUAUAAGGACAAUCUGUCCCUCAAAACUGCAAUCAUGUCUUUUAUUAACGCGGUAUUAAAUUAUGGCCCUGGUCAGGUGACGCUAGAGUUUAGGCUGCACCUAAGGUACGAGUUAUUGAUGCUGGGAAUUCAGCCAAUUAUCGAAAAAUUGAGAAAGUACGAGAACGAAACAUUGGAUCGACAUCUGGAUUUUUUCGAUAUGGUGAGAAACGAGGACGAGAAGGAGCUUGCGAGAAAAUUUGAAAAGGAACAUGUAGACACGAAAAGUGCAACAGCCAUGUUUGAUCUAUUAAGGCGAAAGCUCAGCCAUACCGCAGCAUAUCCACACCUAUUAAGUUUGCUUGAGCACUGCAUGUUAUUACCAUUGGACUAUGGAUCAUAUCCUCAGCACUGGUUACUGUUUGAUCGUAUCGUGCAACAAAUUGUUUUGCAAUCGGAGGGGAGCGAAGCCAAUAUUACAAGAAAUCCCGAUGUUGCCCCAAUUGAUAUAAAUGUUAAGGAAAUCGUGCAUCUAUUGGCCAAGGAAGAAGAGCUUGUAGCUGCACGCAAAAAAGCCGAUGAAUUAGAGAAGGAGAAUUCUGAUAUGUCGUCUCGAUUGGCAAAGAAGGAACAGGAAUUAGAUUUAAGAACGCAAGAAAAGGAAGAUAUGGAAGCGAGUCUAAUUCGUAUAAAAGAGCGGCUGGAGAAGGAGACUUCCCUACAUAUUGAAACAAAGCAAAGGAUCUCGGAGCUGCAGGACAGCAUAGAGACACUUUCACGACAAGUGAAUAACGAGAAGUCGGAGAGGAAGCGACUGGAGCAGCUGGUGGCGUCGGGUAGUCUACCGGACGAUGCCAAAGCCACGAUAAAGAUCGUCGACGACGAGGUGCUAGAAAAGAUCGAGGCAAAACCGACUCCACCGCCGCCGCCACCACCACCCCUUGCACCGCCGCCGCCACCGUGUCUCAUGCCCACUGCGCCGCCUCCUAUGAAGAUGGAAAUUAUCAAGAACGUUCCUCAACCAAGCAAUCCUCUCAAGUCCUUCAACUGGUCAAAAAUUCCAGAGCAAAAAUUACAGGGCACAAUCUGGUCAGAGCUGGAUGAUUCAAAACUUUACAAUAUUAUGGAUCUGGAAUCAAUUGAUAAAAUAUUUUGUGCAUAUCAAAAAAAUGGAGUAUCUGCUGAAGGAUCGAUCGAGGAUCUACGGAAUCUGGGAAAAAAUAAAAGAACCAUGUCGGUGAUCGAUGCAAGAAGAGCUCAAAAUUGUACGAUUCUGCUGUCAAAGUUAAAGAUGUCCGACAAUGAAAUAACUAGGACGAUUCUGUCGAUGGAUCAGCAGAAUAUUCUCCACAUCGAUAUGGUCGAACAACUACUUAAAUACAUUCCGUCAUCCGAAGAAGCCGCCUCAUUAGAUAUGCAUCAAAAGGAUCUACAGAGCAGAGCUGACUGUUUUUUACACCAAAUAUCGAAAGUCCCCCACUACGAGCAGAGACUGCGCUCGCUACACUACAAGAAGAAAUUUUCGGCGAGCAUAGCCGAGCUGACACCUCGGAUGCGCGCCGUUCUCGAAGCCUCUCGUCAGGUUGCACGCUCGCGCCGCCUCAGAAAGCUCCUUGAGCUUGUGCUCGCUCUGGGAAACUACGUAAAUCGCGGCAACGCUCGGGGCAACGCCUGCGGCUUCAGGCUAGCCUCCUUAAACCGCCUCGUCGAUACCAAAUCCUCAUGCGCCAAGGGUACCACUCUCCUCCAUUAUCUCGUCCAGGUACUCGAGGCCCGAUUUCGGGAGGUGCUCGACAUCGAGGAGGAUAUGCCACAUGUUAGAACGGCUGCGAGGGUCAGCAUGGCUGAUCUGCAAAAGGAGAUGGCCAACCUCAAGAACGGACUGCAAGACGUGCAGCGGGAAAUUGAAUUCCAUCGGGGCCAAGCUCAAGUACUGCAAGGCGACAUGUUUUUACCAGCUAUGCGAGACUUUCAAGCCCAAGCAACGUGCAGACUUGCCGAAGCCGAAGAUCUCUUUCAGGAUAUGAAGACGCGAUUUGACAGGGCUGUGAGACUUUUCGGUGAAGAUUCCGCCGGUGUCCAGCCUGAUGAGUUCUUCGGUAUUUUUGAGAACUUUCUUCAGGCGCUGUCCGAAGCUAGACAAGACGUUGAGAACAUGCGACGAAAAGUGGAGGAGGAAGAGCGCCGUGCCAAACAGGAACAGGAAUUGAAGAAACGAACGAUGGAAAGAAAGAACUCACGCGAGGGCAUCUUAAACAGCAUCUCACUGAAUAAAAAGACAGAGGCGAACGGCACGAAUGGUCACGCGGAUAACAAAGGCGAGUUUGACGACCUCAUAUCGGCUUUGCGCACUGGCGACGUCUUCGGCGAGGACAUAGCCAAGUUCAAACGGUCGAAGCGGCGCCCAGUCACGCCAAAUAGUGGCGGCGGUGGCGGCGGCGGCGUGCUCGGCAGCGGAGUCGGUGGCGGUAGCGCCGGUUGCGGCGUCAACCAGGAGUCGCGCAGGCAUAGUGCUCACCGCGAGGACUCCCGCGAAAGGCAUUAGAAUGUGCAAACCGUAGUGAGAGGGAGAGAAAGAGACAAAGAGAAAAAGUGGUUGUGAAGUUGAAGCCUGAUUAGUUCACUGCUUUACCGAUAUGCAUUUUAAUCAUUAACGAGAUUAUCGAUGUACCCGGACAAAUUUUAACAACGACUCUCUCUCAUUAUUCUUUUUU